AUGGCGGCGGGCUUUGGCUUUUCAGUCGGUGACUUUAUUGCUUGUACCAAGGUAGCUAAAUCAGUAUAUCUAGCGUUCCGUGAUGGCACGGGGGCAAGUUCAACAUAUCAGCGGUUUGUGGCAGAUCUGAAUGGCCUAUUAUGCGGGUUAGAGGAGAUACGCUGUCUGGAGUUCGAUGAAUCUCAAAAAUACCAAAAGCUAGCUCUACAAGAAGCUGCAGACCAGUGUCAACAAACUAUUGAAACAUUCCUUUUACAGCAUGCCAAAUUCAAGGCAUCACUUGGAAAGGAACACACAGCCUCUAAGUUCAGGACCCGUUUUCACAAAGUUGAGUGGGCAUUAUUUAUGAAAUCCGAGGUCGAUAGCCUGCGGACCCAGAUACUUGGUCACACGACGACCAUAAAUACCCUCUUAAUAGCGAUGCAAUCAUCCACAGCGGCUCUACAAACAAGCACUAUCAAGGAUUAUAGUCAGGCUACAUUGGAACAGUCAGCCUUGCUUAUGAAGGAAACGCAGGAUCGUAUAGGCCAGACUCACAACAUGCUCGGGACACAAGCAGACACGCUCAGCAGAAUACUGAAUAUUUUGGAGGUUUCAAACACACAACCAAAUAUACGGGAUGUGCGAUCUGUCAUGAUGGAAGCCUUCGACAUGAACAUGAAGGUGUAUAGGAUGGCACUUGAUUUACAAAAGUCCCAUGUUCAGCCACAUGUUGACUAUCAAGCGCCUGAUUUGCCGCCACAAAUAGAACGACAACGCCCCGUGGAGCUGGAAGAUGCGCAUGGGAGAGUGACGCCUUUCCACGUCGAGUUCAUCAACUCCUUCGAGGCUUUGCAAGCGGUAUUGGAAGCUCGAUUCCGCCAUGUUCCCGGAUGGAAGAAAGUAAAGAAUAUGGAAUAUGUUAUGAAGGAGUCCAACUCAAAGCGCCAGCUUGAUUUCAAAGCACCAUGGGAGUCGGUCUUUUUACCUGGUAGGAGCGUGACCAUGAGUAUGGUGUUUUGGAUGCCACCUCCGUCUGGGUUGAGGUGUCCGGGUUGCCAGCUGGAAAGUAAAGAGAGCGCAACAGGAUAUGAAAUCCAAUGGUAA